CGUCGCUCCUUGUCCCCCCUGCUGCUUGACCGUUCCCCCGCCUGUCUGUUGCUGCUGUGUUAUUUGCUUCCGUGUAUCUAGUCCGAAUCUAUCGUGAAUGGAUGUGCCCUAGCGGGCGAAAUCAGGUUCCGCGAAGCUUUUGCCGAUGGGCGCGGAGAGAUGAGAUCGGCGAGAAUCCGAGGAUGGGUCCGUAUAUGGACUGGCACGCCCGUAAGCGCGUGUCGCCUGGUUCGCCGUGCGGUGAAUGCCGAGGCCACCCUCGCUGGGCCUCCUCCGUGCGCCUGGAGACCUGGUGGGUGGCGUCCCCCUCCCGCUCUUCUCUUCCCCCUUCGUCCCCCACACACGAUUUCGACCCUACGAUGGAUAUCAAGAAACUGUUACGAUCGCCCAGUCCCGCCAUGGAUGUAACUCUAGAUGAAAUGAAAAAUGAGGACUACGGCACGAAUUAUUCUACUAUGAGUAUAAAUGAACCGAACGCACCCUCGGCCACGAGUGAACGCCACGCGAGCAGCGACAGCGCUCGCACCACGCUCGAUGUGCGCGACGCGCCCGCCAAGCCUGUUGUACCUGACCAGCCCGACAACAUCCUGAACUCUCCCGUCGGGCACCCGCCCGACGAGCCCGCCCUCGACUCUGCUGAGCGCGAAUUAACCCGCAGGCCCACCCCCGCUGAGAAGGCGCGCGAGAACAAGCUGCGGGCGGACAAGCUCUGCGAGAUCUCCAGCCCGCAGCUGGUCCGAUGUCGCCGCUGCAAUUCCUGGAUCAAGCUGUCCGCGAAGAGCGCGUUUGAUCCUGCGCACUGGAACAAACAUCGUGACCGAUGUAUACGCAGGUCGGAGACCGUCGUAGAGGAGCUACGGGAGACGAACAGCCAGCAGGCACCAUUCCCGUCUGACGUGAAGCCGCCUAAUGCGGUCAAGCGCAUGGUAGCCGCGCUGGCCACACCGCCGCUGACCCCGGAUCGCGACGGCGACGAAACUUCGAGCGCGGAUGCUGCGAACCCCCCGGCUAAAGAGGACUCACCUCUCACCCAGUUCUCCGACUCUACGCAAGCUAGCCCCCCGCCGUCUCCAACGCCCGUCCCUGCUCCGCCCCCGGCGAUCCGCGAUCCUGACCCAGCGUUCGAAGAGUACCUCGCCCGCUCACAACGUCGGCCGACACGUGACCUGGCGUCGCCCCUGCUGGUGAACUGGCAGGAAUGGAGCUGGUCGCAGUUGAAGAAACCCGUGUGGUAUCCCGAGCACGACGAUUCGGACGAUGAGGAGGAAGACGAUCGGCGCCGCCGCGUGCCUGUCUCGCACGCGCGUGCUUCCGCCGGUGCCGACCGAUCAUGCGAGAGCGGUGCGCCCUGUUACGCGCGCCUUCUUCAUGACAGACGCAACGCCGGCGCCGCCGCGGGAGCCAUGGGGGGAUCCGCUGUCCCCGGACGGCUGUCCUGAUGAAUUUAAUAAAGGUGAUCUCGAACGCAUCUGAUGUACAAUCUAUAAUUCCGUGGUCUCGUCUUUACUCAUGUUGUCUGCACGCUUUGCUAUCGCUUCUUUCCCUCGU